UGAAGGCUGGGAAGGCGUGAGGAAAGCGCUAUAGAUACAGCAAAGCAAAUAAGAUCUAAUUUACCAGAAGCAGGAAUUCUAGUCCAAGAUUAGCAACAGAAGUAUUUCAUUAAAUCCAGACGAAAUAAUAUAAAUGUGGGUGGAAUAAUUUUGGAUCACACCGCAACAGAUUUGCAGCUGAUAUAAAACUGGUAAAAGCAUGGAUUCUGUACUGGAACGGCUGGCUGCACUGAGUCCAGAUGAGCUCCGGGGAGAACUCAUAAAGGCGGGUCUGAAGUGUGGACCAGUCACAGCUACCACCAGGGGCCUGUUCGAGAAGAAACUGGCGCGGGCUAUUCAAGAGAAGCAAGGAGCGGGCAGCAGCACCUCAGAGACAGAUUGUAGUGCACCCCCUGGCCUGGGACAGGUGGAACAAUUGCAGGGUGACCCACAGGCACCCAGUAAGGAGGGGGACCUGGGGCUUAAUCCACCUGAGGAAGAGGCUUUGACCUCCACUGUGGACGAAUUGGGCUCCCAGGCAGACGGACAGAGCCCCCACACGCCCCCUCAAGGCUCGCCCCCACUCUACUAUGGGGUGUGCCCGCUUUGGGAGGAUGGGGUACCCAAAAAUGAUAAGGUCCAUGUAUUUACAAAUAAGAAACAGGCUCUGAAGGCAGCGAGGAAUAUGAAAGGAGCUAGAUUCAAAGGCUUCCCCAGCCAAGAAGAAGCAGAGAAAUUUGCCAAGGGGAUUUGUGAUUACUGCCCCUCAUCAAGCAAACCUGAGGCAGAUGUGUCUCCAGAGAAACUGGAUGUGGCACACCACAAGGACAGUGCCCCCCCACUGGGGACAGAGGCUAUUAACAGGGAACGAGCAAACAACUUUCAAACGCCACGCACCCAGGAUCUAACAGCCAAACUGAGAAAGGCUGUGGAGAAAGGGGACCAGGCAGCCUUUAGUGAUCUGGUCUGGAGCAAUCCCCGCUACCUGAUUGGCUCCGGAGAUAACCCCACUGUGGUUCAGGAGGGCUGCCGGUACAAUGUCCUGCAUGUGGCUGCCAAGGAGAACCAGGCAGGCAUUGCCCAGCUGGUCCUGGAUAUCCUGGAGAACCCAGAGUUCAUGCGGCUGAUGUACCCUGACGACCAGGAGACCAUGCUGUUGGAACGCAUCCGCUACAUCGUGGAUCUGUACCUCAACACCCCCGACAAAGCAAGCUGUGAAACACCACUACACUUCGCUUGCAAAUUCGGCUGCCCAGAGGUGGUGAACGUUUUGUGCUCCCAUCCAGACACUGACAAGAACUGCAAGAACAAGUAUGGGCAGAAGCCUUCAAGUGUGAUUUGUGAAAGAAAAAAUAAGUCCCAGGAAAUCAGACAGAAGAUCAAGGACUAUUUAGAAGAUAGGUGUUACAUACCCUUACUAAGGGCCACAGAUAACUCCUCUCAGCCUGUGAUUGGAACUCCCUUGACACAUGAGCCAUUGGAAUGCAUUCCCUGUCCACCCAUGCCCACACCAACAGGAAGUCCCACAGACCCUGUGAUGGCAGUGAGCGCUUUUGCUGGCCCACUUAGUCCCUCAAAGGCAGAGGAGUUCCGUAGGAUGUGGAAGACUCCGCCCCGGCAUCGGGCGAAGGAUUUCCACUGCAUCCAGAAAUCAGACCCAGACCGUGGAGCAGAGCGUGUUGGCAGGGAGCUCGCCCAUGAGCUCGGCCUUCCCUGGGCCGAGUACUGGGACUUUCUGCACUGCUUCCUGGAUCUGUCCUCGUCAGAGGGGCUGCAGAGGCUGGAGGAGUAUCUGAGCGGGAAGGAUGUCAGUGAGCAUUCCCAAGAAGAGAACGAAGACAGUGACACCAGCAGCCAGCUCAGAACUCCCUCUUCAGGAAAAUCAAAAAAUAAGUCCAACUCCAUCUCUGUGGGGGUUUUCUUGGAUGAGGAGGGUGAGGUCAGCUUGGAGGAGAUGAAAAAUAAGCAGAAGAGUGCUCUCUCGACAGACCCCUCUGUCAGGGUGACUGAGGAGGCCGCAACGAGGAAAGUGGCAGAGAGCAAUGUCCUCACAGACCAGAAGCGGGACCUCCUCUCCCCCAGCAGAAGCUGUGUUGGCCUCCGCUCCAGCAGCGAUUGUCCUCCAAACGAGGAGCAGUCUAACCCCGAGUCACCCGGCACAUCUCCACCCAUUGUCUCCAACCUGAUGGUGGAGUUUGAGCGGAUGUAUAAGGAGGGCUCUCACUCGGGACACAGUGAGAACGGGGACCCCUCCGCUUCAGGUGUGCUGUCUCGAGGUAGCCAACUCCUGCUGUCUGCCACAGACAAUGCUGUGCUGGAGCCUGGAGACCUGGAUCUGAGGGGUGGCGGCUGUUGGGGGAGUGAGAGGAGAGACGCAGAGCUGGAGGAGGAGGGCAGGUCCAGGUCCAGCUCCAGCUCAGAGGAGUACUUCUCAGCCAGUGAGGACACAGACAUCCCAAGGACAGCAGUCCUGGGUUCGGGGCGAGCCAUCAGUGCUAACCCUCGGUCCUGUUACCUUGGAGGGCAAGAUCUGAGCAGCUCUAGUUCCUGCAGCUCCUCCUACAAAUCCACAGAAAACUGGCAAGAAGACUUCAUACUAAAGACUCCAUCCCAUAGCAGAACGACUCUUUUCAUUGAAGGGGACUCUCCUUCGAGACUGGACAGAGAAGUCCUGAUGGCGUUGGAGGCCAUAGAGAUUGACCCUCAGACGUAUCCCAGCAUUCAUCUGUGGAAGAGCACAGUGCAGGCCUAUCCCUCCACAGAGAGAAAGAGCUGGCCAAGCCCGCAGGGGGUGAAAAGCACUUCAGACUCACCCUUUACUGGUGUCCAUUCAACACCCAGAAGGUUUGGCCCUGCCCAGACUGCAAGCUCACCUGACUUCACCAGCCCCCAUCGCUACAGCACAGCCCAUGCCAGUUCCGUCCAGCACACUUCAGCGAGGACUCUGUCAUUAUAGUGCCUCGAGUCUGAUCGCCUGACACAGCACAGCUCUGCAGCAGGGAUUACA